AUGGGUUGUAUGUUCAGCAGACGCUCAUCUUACGCUGACGAUGAACCAGCAGCUCCUCCUCGUCCGGUCGUCGUCGCCCAGACCACCCCGGCGUCGGAGACCACAAUCAAGGGUGUCGUGAUCGGGGGUGACGACCUUCGCCUCAAAGCGUCGGUCCAUCCCCGUCCUCGAUACCCGAGUAGCAUCUACUCACCCCCCAACACGCUCAACCAGCGUAUGUUGGACGACGCCUGCAGGUAUCGUUCGCCAUCAGACGCUGAUUCUUCAAAAUACAAUCUCCCUGAAUGGGCAGCAACCUAUCGUAGCUGCCAGGGCAACCCGUUUGACACAAAGGGCAAAAAGCCCCUCAGACGUGGUAAGCUUGCACUCACCGGCAGCUGCGAUGGGGGAGGGCCGUCUUCAGGAGAGGAGAAGCGUUCUGCUCUGGCUGCACCGGAUGGCGCCGUCUCUCAUGCGUUGGGAGAUGUCGUGGGACGGAGGUUGUAG